AAAGGAGGGAAGGAAGAAAUGGCCCUAAAGGGAUGGGGAAAAGGGGGACACAAAGACACAUGAGCUUUGAGAGGUCGAAAAACUCAAAAACGUGCCAUUGUUUCACCUAGUUUGGAUCAAUUCCAAUCCAAUUGAACUCGAUUGGUAUUCCCCUUUGUGUCUUUGUUGGUUUAUUCUUCAAAAAGGGUUGUUCGCGAAACUCAGAACUGAGCUGAGUUCCUCGCUCCUGCCUUCUUCUGCGCUUCCUCUCUCUCUCUCUCUCUCUCUGUUGUCAUCCUUCCUACUCUGUUUUUUCUGGGAUGAAUUGGGUUUGGAAUGGACCCGCCGUCGACCCGAAUCAAUCCAUGUUCAGAUGACAGACUGAGUGUUGACUUCUGAGUGCCCUCUUCUCCAUUGCCCCUUCCAUCCAGCAUUUUCUUAAGAUACUGAAUUGAUCGAGGUUACAUAAAUGAGGUAAAUUGAACUACGCUUUGUGCACCAGUCAUCCAUAACGUUAUUAUUGAUGGCUCGGAAGAAGGGAAACCAACAGAAGAAAGGAGUUUCUAACUAUAGAUCUGAUUCACCUGCUAAUCAGGAAAAAACAAAUGCAACUGAAAGUACAGGUCCGCAAGAUAAAGAAAAUUUAAGCCAGCUCACAAAUAAUGUCCCUUGGAGUGAGACCAAUGAUAGUAAAAGCAAGGUAGAAGCUCCAACCAAUAGCAAGCAGCACAAAUAUAAAAAAUCUUCUAAAAUUGCUGCAGAAGUAGCUGAUAGAACGGAGGUGGAAGAGCAAAAUAAGAUGGAGCCUGGAGGAUGCGACAUCAAUGUACCUGAUUCAACAGAAAGAGUUGAGAUGCUAUCCCAUGUAUGUGGCAGCCCCAAAGCCUCAGGAAGCAGUAUUUCUCAGUCACCAGAUGGAUUGCACGGAGGAAAGGACACACCAAAAGAUUUGGAACUCUCGUAUGCAUUGAUUUUUAGGCUGAAGAGCUUCUGCUUGUCAGCAUCGAAAGCAUCAAUGGAAUGGCUUGAAAGGCAAAAACCCCUGUUCAUUGCUACUAGAAAUAAUGCAGUGGAUGCUUGUCGUUAUGUGCAAGGGAAGAUUGAAGUUGCAUAUCCCAUAAUUCUUAAAUGGAGUAUGCAUUUCGUGAAUAUAGUUCUCCUACUUUUUAUGGUUUGGUUGGACUGUUCUCUUAGGGGUCUGGAAUCCUUUUUACGCAUGGGAACCACUUCGUUUUUCACCGUUGUCUGGUGCAGUGUUCUCUCAAUAACUGCUAUGAUUGGAGUUUUCAAGUUUCUGCUUGCACUGGUUGCAGCUAUUAUAAUUGGACUUUUUAUGGGGUUCACCAUUGCACUUAUUUUGAUGGCUAUAUCUGCUAUUACUCUGCUGUGGUUGUAUGGAAGCUUUUGGACAACAAUGCUUGUGAUCCUCUUUGGAGGGUUGGCUUUUGCAUUUGGUCGUGAACGCCUUGCACUGUUUAUUGCAACCUCGUACUCCAUGUAUUGUGUAUGGGCCUCUGUUGGAUGGGUUCGUUUAUUCUUUGGUUUGAACCUCUCAUUUAUAUCAAGUGACGUACUCAUUUACAUUCUGAGGAACAAUAUGAAAGACCAAAGAAGGUCUAACAAUACUACUGGAGAACAAGCAUCUGAAGAGCCAGGUCAAUCGGAUUUCUUUGCUGGAGGUCAAUACCCUGCUUCAUCUGCGGGUAUCGGUGUGGCUGGUCCAUCAGCUGAUGAGAGAUCUGGAACUCCUUCAACUAGUGGAUUUGAUCAUGAGGCAACUUCUGAAGAUGAGGUUGUUAGGUUGUUAAAUUGCAGUGAUAACUAUUCUGCAUUUGGCUUCGCUCGGUUUGAAAAUGUUGACAUUUCUGUUCUUAAACGAGAAUACAAGAAGAAGGCAAUGUUGGUCCACCCUGAUAAAAAUAUGGGCAAUGAAAAGGCUGCGGAAGCUUUUAAGAAACUACAAAAUGCAUAUGAGGUUUUAUUGGAUUCUGCUAAGAGAAAAGCUUAUGAUGACGAACUUAGAAGAGAAGAACUGCUAGAUUAUUUCCGUCAUUUUCAAGAAACUUCUCACAAGAGUAGAGGGCGUGGGUUCUUUCCCAGGGGCUUUUCACGUGAGGAAGCUGAUGGGGAGGACCCUCAUAGAGAGGCAAGACGAAUAGCUUGCAGAAAGUGUGGGAACUUCCAUGUGUGGUUUCUUACGAAGAAAGUAAAAUCUAAAGCAAGAUGGUGCCAGGAAUGUAAAGAUUUCCACCAAGCUAAAGACGGAGAUGGAUGGGUUGAACAGUCUUCACAUCCCAUACUUUUUGGGAUGCUACAGAAGGUAGAUCCUCCUGCUGCCUUUGUUUGUGCCGAUGGCAAGAUCUAUGAUGCCACUGAGUGGUAUAUUUGUCAGGGAAUGAGAUGUCCUGCCAACUCACACAAGCCAAGCUUCCAUGUAAAUACAAGUAUAACCUCAAAGGCGACUGCUGGUGGAAGGGGCAGCUCGAGCUCUGGGCAAAGAAGUGGCGGUCCUAUACCUACACCCAAUAUGGAAGAUGCGAUGACACAGGAGGAAUUUUAUGAGUGGUUUCAGAAUGCCGUUCAAUCUGGCAUGUUCGACAAUUUCCCAGGUGGCGGCCCACCCGAAAACUCGCCAUCUGCACAGGGCAAAGGAGGAAGUCACGGUGGUAGUGGCAAUGCCAAGAGGAAGAAAAAGGGGAAAAAACAGUAGUACCGUUUACUAAUAGAUAGUUAUUAGCCAUUUUAAUCAACCUGGAAAGAUGAUGUGACCAGGAACAAGAAGCAACUAACAGCUAAUUUGUACAUGAGGAGCGACCUAAAAGUUUAAAUCCCUUACAUUUUAGUACGCAGUUUUUGCUGCAUAUAUGGUAUGGCCAUUUUGUCUCUUCGGCCUCACUAUGUCAAAAUGAUUGUGAUGUUCUCUCUAUAUCAGUUUUCCUUCCCAACAGUAUAAUCAUUUUAAAAUAGAGAAAGUAUUACGGUUAUGAGUAAUGAUAACUACAGG